AUGCCGGCGUGCUUGUUGUUUGUUGAGGUCUCACACACACAGCAAGACCGUACUGAGGUACGGAUCAUUGGGGUGACAGGUGUGGGAUUUCGUGGUGCAGGAGGCGCUUCGGCGGUGGACAGUAUAGUCGCGGUGGACGGUGCAAGCCGGAUCACCGUCUCAGGCUUCGGCUGCCCUGUACCGUCACCGGUCCCAUCGUUUCCGUUAGGCGCAUCGGAGGAAACUGACACAAGCUGUAUGACAUCGCCAGUCAAAUUGACAAAGCUGAUCGAGGAGGCACCGGAUCCAUCCAGCGGAAGGUUUUGUAGCGGGUUAACAGUAGUCGAAACCGUUGUUAUGGGGCCAGAGGUAGAACCUAGACUUAGGGGCGAGACGACUUUGUGGUCGGAGCGCGAAUUUACUGACCGGAAGGUCCGCGGUUCGAACCCGACCUCUGGUUCUCGACUUACCCUGUGUAGACUUGGGAGACCUGGCACUAUCCUAGCCCUCAUGCUUCCUUCGGAUGGCAUGGCAGGCAUUAGUCACCACCAACGUGCUGCUGAUUUCAAGAAAAUGCACAGGAUGCAACUAAGGAAACACCAAGAGAAGGAUAUCCACUGGUGGUCAAACCCAUCCUACCUGAAACAAAGUAAAGAAAAAAUAAUUGGUACACGUGAUCAUAGGACGAGAUGGCUCAAGUGGUUAGAGCGCGAAAUUACUGAUAGGAAGGCCCGUGCGAAACAACCCAGCAGCCGUUACAAACUUUCCUUGAAAAGACAAAAUCGCAUCACUUAUGUGGAUAGAAUGUUGGGCUAUUCUGAUUCAUUGGAUUUUGGCAUCUACGGUGUAGGAGCUAUGCAUGGCCCCAAAGCUGAGUGCGCUUUAAGGGACUGGUAUUUGAAUAAUAGAACCCCGACGUGUAAACGGUGUGCUUGUUGUGUCCAACAAGACAGCAGCAUUUAUGCUGAGAAAGACUUUCGUCGUGAUUUGUUGCGAUCACUCCGACCAACGAGAAGCACAGAUAUAAUUCUGGCAGGUGAUAUGAAAGCUCAAGCUGACCGACCAACUUCUGACACAAGCGCUUGCACCUCGUGA